AUGGCUCCAAAGAAGGCUGCCCCAGUGACCAAGGAAGAGGCUCCUGCUACUGCUGAAACUGAAACUGAAACCAAGGCCAAGAAACCCCCAAAGCCAACCAAGCUGAAGACCCUGGUUCACCCUUCUACACUAGCCAUGGUGGUGGAAGUCCUGAAGAAAAACUCUGAGAAGAAGGGGACAUCUGUGCCGGCCAUACGUGCCAGGAUUCUGGCUGCCCAUCCUACUGUGGACCCUGUGAGGCUGAAGUUUCUGCUGAGGGCUGCUCUGUACAAGGGCAUUGAGAAGGGUAUCCUAGUCCGACCACUAAACUCCAGCGCUACUGGAGCCACCGGGCGCUUCAAGCUGGCAAAACCACUUCUAAAAACCAAGGCAGUGAGCAACAUGUCGGAGAAUGUGGACCCCAAUGGCCUACCAAAGGAGAAACCCAAGAAAAAGGUUCUGAAGGUGGCAAAGCCUAAAGAGGCAAAGCCUAAAGAGCCAAAAGAGAAAUCAGAAACUGCCUCAAAGAAGGAAAAGUCUUCAGAGAAGCCCAAGGCGUCUAAACCCAAGAAGGAGCCAGAGGAGAAGCCAAAGGUCUCUGCAGCACCCAAAAAACCCAAAGCAAAAACUGCAGUAGAUGGGGAGACUAAAACCAAGAAAGAGCCAGCUAAGAAAGAGAAGGCUGAGGAGAAAGAGACCACAAAAGUUAAGGACUCUGAAGGAAAUGCCACCGCCAAAUCCAGCAAGAAAGGGAAAAAGUGA